CCAUGCAAAUCAAACCUGAAUGCUCCGGGGCAGCCAAAUCAACACAAGAAAACUUUGAUUUUUCCGAAAUUUCUGAAAAAUAAUCAAAUUUAAUAUUUACAAUUUUAUUGAGUGCAACAAAAUUAUCCAGAAACUGUGCAGAAAUUCAGUGACGGGAUAAAUAUGGCGUCGUCAAAUCCUGGUCCAGGGGCGGCCGGUCAUUCAACGACAACGAAGCAAUUGCCCAGGGACGCCAUUGUGAUGCAGAGCCUUCUCAAAGAAAUGGGUGUAACCCUACACGAACCAAGAGUGAUAAACCAAAUGUUGGAUUUUGUGUAUCGAUACGUAACAAAUGUUGUGGAGGAGGCUCGAGUUUAUUCUACUUACGCCAAGAAAAAGUCGAUUGAUAUAGACGACAUAAAACUUGCAGUGAAAAUGACGACGAAUAAAUCAUUCACGACUAUUCCCCCAAGAGAAAUGCUGCUAGAACUUGCAAAAAAUAAAAAUAGUCAGCCACUCCCAUUGCUAAAAUCAACUUCAGGCCUUCGCCUUCCUCCCGACCGUUUCUGUCUAACACAGCCCAAUUAUCAUUUGGAAUUUUACAAGAAAGCUGUCGCAAGCAGUAAUUCGCACCCUCCUUCAGCAAAUGUCCGGUUACCUGGGUCUUCAGUAUUUAAAACACCUCAAAAUCCUGGAAGAAUUAUUAGUGGAGUAAAUCCCCCACUUAUCCAAUAUGGAACACCUAGUUCAUUAUCGUCUCAUCUGCAAACGGCAGGAGUUAAAAGAAAAUUGACCGACGAUGAUGCGUGGACCACCCCUUGAAAUUUAAUUUUGUACCAAAGUUAACUCCUUUUUCUGGGUAUCAUGUAAUUUUUUGUAAGACAGAAUUUUUGUAGGAUAAUUCGAAUUACAUAAAGCUCAUCGCCUUGUGCGAAUUUUAUAUGUAAUUUAUUUGUACGUUAAAAAACGUAUGUAUGAUAUUCGUGAUGGUUGUAAUAAACUAGGGUCAUUUUCUCCCAUUUAAUGAUGAUGACUGUCCGAG